GCGUGGGGGGGGGGUGAGGUGGAGGGGGCGGAGGCCGAGCUCCUCGGCCGCGAGCCAGCUCGAGAGUGGAGGUUCUGGAUCCCGGGAGGAGUGAGGACCCGCGGGGGCUGGAGCUCGGCUAGGACACUCGCGGCCCGCAGCUCCGGUCCCGUCGCGCUUUCGUCCCUUCUGGGUGACCUCAACCCCUUUAUACCGACCCCACCUCUCAGGCUCUGACAGGACCGCCCCGUGGGGGAGGGGAGGAGGCGGCGACACCGCGCGCGCGGAUUGGGCCCUCGCGGCCGCCGUAGUCCGUCGGGGCCGCAGGACGCCGGGUCCGGGGACGCGGAGGCCCGGAGGUCCCGGCUCUCGCCGCCCGCCGAGCAACAGGGAGCGCGGGAUCGCGGGCUACGCGCGGAGCCGGCGCGGUCAUGGCCGACUACUGGAAGUCACAACCAAAGAAGUUCUGUGAUUACUGCAAGUGCUGGAUAGCAGACAACAGGCCUAGUGUUGAAUUCCAUGAAAGAGGAAAGAAUCACAAGGAAAAUGUGGCCAAGAGGAUCAGUGAGAUUAAACAGAAAAGCUUGGACAAGGCAAAGGAAGAAGAAAAGGCAUCCAAGGAGUUUGCGGCGAUGGAGGCAGCUGCCCUGAAGGCAUACCAGGAGGACCUGAAACGGCUUGGCUUAGAGUCAGACAUUCCACAGCCAAGUAUAUCACCAGUGACCAGCACUGUCCAGCCCACCCCUCCAUCAAAUCAACAGAAAGAGAAGAAAAAGAAAAAGGAAAAGAAAAAGAAAGACUCUUCGAAGGGUAGAUGGGUGGAAGGCGUAACGGCUGAUGGUCACUGUUACUAUUACGACCUCAUCACAGGAGCAUCUCAGUGGGAGAAGCCAGAAGGAUUUCAAGGGAACCUAAAAAAGACAGCAGCAAAGGCCAUUUGGGUAGAAGGUUUAAGUGAAGAUGGUUACACCUAUUAUUAUAAUACAGAAACAGGAGAAUCCAGGUGGGAAAAGCCUGAUGACUUCAUUCCCCACACUGGAGAUGGGCCUUCGAGUAAGGACAGUGAAAAGUCACCUGACACCCCGGAAGAGUCCAAAUCCUCAGAUUCCCACAGUGACUCUGACGGCGAACAGAAGAAGGCCGGGGAGGCUGCUGCAGACACGAAGAAACUAGUCAUCAAGUUCAAGGAAAAAAAUAAAAGUACUGAAAAAAGAACUGACCCAGAAAUACAAAAAGAAAAAAGUACCCCAAAACAGAAUCCAUCAAAUACAAGUGAAGAAAAGCCUAAAACGCUUAAGAAAUCAACGAACCCUUAUGGGGAAUGGCAAGAAAUUAAACAAGAGAGUGAGUCUCAGGAAGAGGUCGAUUUGGAACUUCCAAGCACUGAAAACGAAUAUCUGUCAACUUCAGAAGCUGCUGCUGGAGAAAUCAAAGUGGUAUUUAAAGAAAAAACGGUCUCUUCUCUGGGAGUUGCAGCAGAUGGGGUGGCUCCAGUCUUCAAAAAGAGAAGAAUUGAAAAUGGGAGAUGUCGGAAUUUAAGACAGCGCGGUGACGAUGAGUGAGUGACUGGACAAAGGAGACGGCCCUUUCCGAGCCUCUCUGUGCUUUGCGUACUAUAGUGCUGCAGUUUACAUUUCUGCUAAAUGUAUUUUAUGUGACUCAGAAUAAACCUUUUUUCAUGUGAAAUUUAUUUUUGUUCCUUAAGUGGAAGCCUACCACAUUGCAUUGUAAUACAGUGUAUUAUGUUCAAUGUCUAAAAUUGCUAAUUAUAUGAUAAUUUAAGAUGCUAUGUAUCUGUUAUUUAAAAUGUGGGGAAGACCCUAGCUCUGUCCUUACUCAUAUUAGCAUACCUUGUCCUGCAUUGAAAAUGCAUUAUUUCCACACACUGAAAUUAACCUGUUACCUGGGAAAUAAGAAUCAAACACAGACGUGCACAGCCCCAUGGCAGUCUGGUUUUAUGGUCCUUUCUGAAGCCUGGAUGUAGUAUGCAUAGCAACUUGUUUUACUCAGUUUAAGACCAAAGACCAGAAGCAGGAGCCUCUUGGGUACUAAAGAGCAGAGUGACGGCUGGACCAGGGGUCAGCUUAUAGCAGCAAAGUGUGAAAAGGGUUAACUUGGAGCCAAGCAUCAGGGAACUAGAGAUGGAAAUGCAGCUUCUGCCUUGACAUUCUAGAACAGUCCUUUCCCAGUCAGGCCAACUUUUCAUAGCCCUGGGUCCAUUGGAAGGUUUACCUAAGGUAAUGUAAACAAAAGGCUUGAACUAAAAUAGACUUUGUGGUCCACUUAGAUGGUUGCCAUUUUGUGGCUGCAUUUCUUAGUAGAAGUUUCAUACUCUAUUUGAAGUACUUUCCUUUAUUAUUUUUGCAUAUUUUUAAUUAUAUUUAGCUGUACAGUAUGUAACUUUUGAUAGAAAAUAUUUGUCUUUGUUAGUAUACAUGUAAGAAUAGCUUAUUAAAACCAUAAAUUAAAUAUUGGGAUCCUUUUUUCUAACAUGAAUCAAAGCUUGUCAUUGGCAAAAAAAUAUUUAGAGAUUAAUCUUUGCAAUUAUUCAGGCCUAAACUUUAUAUUUCGAAGCAUUUUACAGUUUAUUUUGUGAAGAGUCUUGCUGUAUUGCCUAGGCUGACCUCAAAUCCAGAUUCUUAGGUCUAAGAUUACUCAGGAGUUCUGAAAUUAACAGGUAUACCAUCACACCUGAGUGUUUGAUAGUUGAGGUUUUUUGUUGUUUCCAAGACAGGGAUUUUCUCUGUUGCUUUGGGGCCUGUCAUGAAUGGAACUAGCUCUUGUAGUUGAGGUUUUAUUGUUCUUUGACUGGGGUGGUCAAGGGUUUUUGAUUCAGGGUCUCCCUGUAUACCCUAGGCUGCCUUCAAACUCGUAGUUAACAUUUUACCUAAACCUUAGUGGCCUUAGUGCUGGGAUUACAGGCAUGAGCCAACAGACCCCUCUGGUUUACUGGGUUUUGGGGGUUGGGUUUUGGGGUUUUAUUUUUGUUUGAUGUGUUUUUUGAGACCCUCCUGUCUCCCAGGCUAGCCUGGAACUCCCUAGGUAGAUUGGCCGAAGAUGACUGUUUGAACUUACGGUCCUCCUGUUUUCUGCUACCCCAGAGCUGGGAUUGUAAUUGUAUGCUACCCCUCCUGGUUUAUAUGGUGCUGGAUUGUGUUGGUCAAGCACCAACUGAGCCAUAUUCUACCGUGUUUUUAAAUUUCAAUAGGUCAUUUGUCAUGUAGCCGAGGAGUAUGUAUCAUUAGUCCUUGGCACUUCUCAACUGGAAAAGACCAAAAGUGGAGUGUAUUUAUGCUUUAGUCACGCUUGGCUCCUGGAAAACGCAGUAUCGAAGACCUUUGUUAAAUUUGUUUGUAUUUGUUUCUUCUGAGACAGGGUCUCACAGUGUAUCCCUGGCAGGCCUGGACUAUGUGGAUCUGCCUGGCACUCACAGUGAACCUACUUAACUCUGCCUCUCAAGUGUUAGGAUUAAAGAUAUUUACCACAGACCUGGUCCCCCAGGUUGUUUUGAGGGGUAAUGGAAUUAGUGUAUGCAUAAGGCACUUGGGGAAUGCCUGUAGUAGCUCAAACUCAUCUACUGUUAAUACUUAGAGUAUAUACAGAUGGACACAAAGUAAAAAUAAAAAUAAACAAGGACCAAGUUCCUACCCACCUACACGACUUAGUCCUUUUUCCUUGUCCCGCCUCUCUCAUUGAGUCCCAACGUCCAUAUGUAGUCAUGCUGAGUGUGCCUGCUUCACUUCACAACAGCAAUUAAAGCUACUGGCUUUUAGUCCUCAAAAUAGCUUAAAUUCCCCGGGUAAUGGUAAUGAUGGCUAUACAGUGUGGCUGGACUAGCUGGGGACAUGGUUUAGUCAUUGAGUGCUUGCCUACCAUUCCUAACACCCUAAGUCAGUCUCCAGUACAUACACAUGCACACACACAUGCGGAGUAUCUAGUGAUACUCCACUGUAAAUACGGGCUAGAGAAAUUCCUCAGGACUCCUCAGGAAAACCUUAGUUCACAUCCAGAGCUUCCCCCGUUUUUAAAAUAGCUUUUAUUUUAUGGGCAUUGGCGUUUUGCCUGGUCUGUGUGGGAGUGUCAGAUCCUGAGUUACAAUGUAAGCUGCCAUGUGGGUGCUGGGAAUUGAACUCAGGUGCUCUGGAAGAGCAGUCAGUGCUCUUAACCGCUGAGCCAUCUCUCCAACUCCAGAACCCCCUUUGUAAAAUGUCAGCUAUAGCGAGGCCGUGGUGGCAUGUGACUUUAAUCCCAGCACUUGGGAGUCAGAUCCAAGUUCAAGACCAGAGAAGUCUGUAGAACAAGCUCCAGGACAGCCAGGGCUAUACAGAGAAACGCUGUCUUGAGAAACCAAGCUAGCUAGGGUGCCUCCCUCUUUAUACACAUUUUCUCACCAUCCUAUCUAUUGAGUGCUUUUUUUAUUUUACCUUUUUAAUUUUUAAAAUUUUGUGUGCAAGUCUGUUUACCAAAUCCUUGUGGUUCCAAGAGGGUGUUGGAUUCCCUGAAGCUAGAGUUAGAGGCAGUUAUAAGCUGCCCAGUGUGGGUGCCGAAAACCUAAACUAGGGUCCCUUAGAAGAACUGCAAGCUGUUUUAACCACUGAGACAUUUCCCAAG